CCAAAAGAAACUGAAACCUCCAUCUCAAACAGAGGCUUACCCCAAAUAAAUUCCAUCCCACGUCAUCAUCAGAGAAAGUGUCUAGGGGAGAAGAACCACUGUGAUUGUGGAAAGAGAGAGAGAAGUGUAAAGUAAUCAAAUAGAGAGAUUUCAAUUUUGUUCAGACCUUCCAGAAUAAGCAGCAACUUGCCUCUCACACUUGUCACCCCCAAAAGAGAAAAAAAACAUUAAAAUUAAAAUCUUAUCAUUUUAGAAAAAUCUGUAAAUUCAGUGAACCUUCCUCUGUUUCCUGUUUCUUCUCUGAUUCCACAGUCUUAACCCCAAAAACAUUAUAUUUAUUUCUCUCAUUAUCUUUUACCAUCUAUUUUUAUACCAAUUCCUUUUAUCAAAACCACUCCCACUUUAUUUCUUCUUCUCUGGUUUUCUUACCAAAAGAAACUUUCUUCGUCUUCCUCUGUAUUUAAGCUUUAACACCCUGUUUUUGGUUUCCAACGUUCAAUCUUCAUCUUCUUCUCGCUGAAGGUGUGUUUGGCUCUAACGGUUUAAAGCUUUCUUGAAACACCAAUUGAAUCUUUUCUCUCUACCGGCAAAAAAAAAAGAUUAGUCCUUUUAGGUCUGGAAACGCCAAGAUCACUCGUUCUAAACCUUAGAUUUUGUCUGCAUUUCGGGAUAAUCAUUUCAUCGUCAGGGUUCUUCAACCAAACUACAUUUACAGAAGAAGAAGAAGAAGAAAAGUUCGUUACUUUUUAUGCGUUUGGAUAAACAAACUCAAGUUUCUUCUUCAUACAUCGAUCUGAUUUUCCAGAUCAAACUUCGAAAAGAGAAAAAGCCUUCUUUAAAUGAUUCGUGAGUUCUCCAGUCUACAAAACGACAUCAUAAACAUUCAAGAACAUUAUUCUCUCAACAACAACAUGGACGUGAGAGGAGAUCAUAACCGGAAAAACACGAGUUUUCGUGGUUCAGCUCCAGCUCCGAUUAUGGGGAAGCAAGAAUUGUUUCGGACAUUGUCGUCGCAGAACAGUCCAAGGAGGCUAAUAUCAGCGAGUUACUUCAGUUUAGAAUCAAUGGUUGUGCUUGUUGGUCUCACAGCAUCUCUCUUGAUCUUACCGUUGAUUCUUCCACCAUUGCCUCCUCCUCCUUUUAUGCUGCUUUUGAUUCCUAUUGGGAUUAUGGUUUUGCUUAUGGUUCUUGCUUUCAUGCCUUCUUCUAAUUCCAAACAUGUUUCUUCUUCUUCCACUUUUAUGUAAUAAACGUUUCUUUAAUUGAAGAAAGAAAUCCUUAAACAAA